AGUGCCAGAUCAAAAUGUUGAACUUCAACUGCUGCUGUUCUGAAUUAUACAUGAAUGUUUUCUGUUGUUAUUAAUCUUGAUCUCUGUGAUCUCUUUCUUUUUUUUUCUCUCUCUCUGUGUACAUAUUCUUGCUCUUUUCAUUCCAUCUUACCUUAAGCAAUAUGGGAAAGUGCCUUUGAUUGAAUCAGUCCAUCAAUCCAUCCAGUUGAAUGGUGUCAACAAUGGUCUGGAUCAUCAUUUCAGGUUUUCAGAAAGGAGCUUUUCCAGACUAACCCAGAGAUACCAGUGAUUGAACUUAGGACCUUCUGCAUGCAGAACAUAUGCUGUGCCAGUGAGCCCUGGUUCUUUUUUUUCAUUUGCCAAAAGCAAGGAAAGCCAGUAUCUCACAUCUUUGUUUUCUUUCUUUUCUUCUUCUGCAGGCUUAAACUGGCAUUCCCUCAUCAGAUGCAGAAAUGAAUAACUCCACGAACAUAAGUUAUUUGGAGGAUAGAAUGACCCUGCCAAGUCCUUAUAAAACAGUUGAGGUUGUCUUCAUUGUCCUGGUGGCUGGGUCCCUCAGCCUGGUGACCAUCAUUGGGAACAUCCUGGUUAUGGUGUCCAUUAAAGUCAACAGGCACCUACAAACUGUCAACAAUUACUUUCUUUUCAGCUUGGCCUGUGCUGAUUUGAUCAUUGGUGUCUUUUCCAUGAACCUGUACACACUUUACACUGUGAUAGGCUCCUGGCCAUUAGGACCUGUGGUUUGUGACUUGUGGUUGGCCCUUGACUAUGUGGUCAGCAAUGCCUCUGUCAUGAACCUUCUCAUAAUCAGUUUUGACAGGUAUUUUUGUGUGACUAAACCCUUAACCUAUCCAGUCAGGCGGACCACUAAGAUGGCAGGGAUGAUGAUUGCAGCUGCCUGGGUACUCUCUUUCAUCUUAUGGGCACCUGCAAUUCUCUUUUGGCAGUUCAUUGUAGGAGAAAGGACAGUGCCCAAUAAGGAGUGCUACAUCCAAUUCCUAUCAAAUGCAGCCGUCACCUUUGGCACAGCUAUUGCAGCUUUCUACCUGCCUGUUGUGAUCAUGACCAUUCUGUACUGGCAAAUAUCCCGUGCUAGUAGGAGCAGGAUUAAAAAAGAGAAAAAGGACGGUGGUCAAAACCAGGAUCCAGCAUCACCAAGUUUAGUUCAAGGUAAAAUAGGGAAACCAAAUAACAACAACCUCCCAACCAACGAAGAUGGGACUGAACACAAUAAAAUCCUGAAUGGUAAAGCCACUGGGGAACCAGUGAUGGAGAAUUGUGUUCCAGCAGAAGAAAAAGAGAGCUCAAAUGACUCCACCUCUGUCAGUGCAGGUGCUUCCAAUGUGAAAGAAGAUGAAGCAAUCACAGAGAAUGCCAGGGCUUCUGUCUCCCAAGUUAAUGCAAAAGUGGAGAAUUCUAAAUUGACGUGCAUUAGGAUACUCACAAAGUCCCCCAAAGGAGAUUAUGGUGGCUCUACUAAUACUGCCGUGGAGAUUGUAGCCACUGAUGGACAAAAUGGAGAGGAGAAGCAGAACGUUGUAGCGCGUAAGAUUGUCAAGAUGACAAAACAGCCUCCCAAAAAGAAGACCCCUCCUUCCAGGGAGAAAAAAGUGACCAGGACUAUUUUGGCUAUUCUUCUGGCCUUCAUUAUUACUUGGACACCAUACAAUGUUAUGGUACUCAUCAACAGCUUCUGUUCAUCUUGUAUUCCCAACACAGUAUGGACAAUUGGUUACUGGCUGUGCUAUAUCAAUAGCACCAUCAACCCUGCAUGCUAUGCUCUCUGCAAUGCUACCUUCAAGAAAACCUUUAAGCAUCUCCUUAUGUGUCACUACAAGAACAUAGGAGCCACGAGGUAAAACCAGAGUAAUGGGGGGGGGGGGGAAAAAACUAAAAAUGGGGGAAGAAAGCUCCAGAUUUUAUAAAACAAUGCCAUAGCACUUUAUGCUCUACUAUGAAAUCAAGAAGCUAGAGAACAUGACAACAAGAUGAGGUUUGUGCUCCCUUUCCAAUGUCUGCACUUCAAAGAUGAUAACUCUUGGGUCAGUGAGUCAUUUGGAGGGAAGGCUAUAAUUGAGUAUAAGACCCUGAGACAAUGUUCCUUUCUCUCUCAUAGCAGAAGGGCUUUUGAAUCCAUUCUUCAUCUUUGGGCACAACCUGUCCCUGAGAAAUUCUUCUGAGUAAAGCUUUUUGGGGUUUGCUUUGCAAAAGGGAAAAAAAACUACACAAAAGCAUUUCAUGAAGCAGAACUGAGUAGGUGUAGUCAAGUAUUCUAGAACCAUUUUCCAGUUUGUGUCUUCAUUUGAAAUUGAGGAGGGGUGGUGGACAUCUAACAUACUUCAUGGAAGGUAUAAAAACCUGGAACAGAAAACGUGGAAUAGUUCCAGUCAGUUCGUUUUUGAAUUAUAAACAAGUAUAACAUUACGGAACUAGAGAGGGAGAAAGCUUGAGUUUAAGGAGUUUACUAUUAAUAGUUACCUCUCUUUGGUUGCUUUAUUAUACUUUGUGGGAAAAAAUGUACUUUACCUCAUAAUGAGAAUGGUUUUAGGCAAGCUUCUAAAAUACAGUACAUCAGCUUUCCCCAGCCUCAUUCCCUCCAUUUCUGUUGAACAGGAACUAUUAUGCUGGCUCAGUGUUAUGGCUAGGAUUAAAAUCAUGCUAAGCCAUACUGUGGUUUGUUUGGGGUUGGGCUUAGUGUGUUGUACAAAUUGGCCACUGUGGUUUGUAAAUGAUAAUUUAUGAUUUAGCAUGAUGCGUCAACCCAGGCAGUUGUUUAGCUACCAAACCAUGGCUAACAAAUUUGUGGCUUAACAUGAGAUGUGAACCCAGCCAUUAUGAUGUAAAAAUGCUAGAAUUUGGAUUGAUUGAUUGAUUGAUUGAUUGAUUGCCAUUGUGGUCAUUCAAAGAUACCUUGUCUUAAUUGAUCUUUUCUGAUUGGAUCAGGUUUUGCAGUCAAACAGAAGAAAAAAAUGGAAAUGGGUAUAGCAUUUAGCACACUGUAGGAGCUUUCUGAAGAAGACUUUUGAAAAUGGAGUGACUCUUCCAAAGAAUAAAAGGGGCAGGUUAUAUUUGCAGCCAUGAUCAACAAUGGUACACUGAAUAGACAUUACAAAGUAAUGUGAUUGCGUAGGUACAUGGUUCAAUUAGCAACUGUAUUUCCUUUCCAUUGUUUAUCAGAGAUUCUGUUACUUCAGAUACAUAAUCUGGUGAGGCAUACCCUAUACCCCGGACUGAAACCUAUAGCAGAUCUUGAAUGGUUAAUGUAAGAGAAGUCGGGGGGGGGUCACUUUGGGAUGCUGGCUCGCUUUGAAUCCAAAGGUGGAGAAAAUACCUGAUCAAUUGAGAUCAGAUGGCCAAAUGAGAGUGUCUUGCCUGGAACUACUUGCAGGACAUGAACAGCAAGGAGGAUGAUUCUUGCAGAAUACUUUCAGAUGCACCAAAACAAUAUCUGACAUUCUUGGCCUCAUGUCAGUCAGCCUCCCUUAUUUUCAGUAGACAGUGGGCAGCACUCAUAAAAAGAGGGGAACAGAUGAAAUAACUUCAGGAAAAACAGGAUUGUCCAGUUAAGAGUUCAAAUAUCCACAAUCUUCAAAGCAUAGUCUGCCAGUGCUAUAUGUUCAUCACCAUCUUGCAGACAUCUUUGCUAUGUCAUUAAUGCAAACACAUAUCCAAGAAAUCUGAUGUCCCAAGUGUUGUCACUAAGAAGAAAACCUAAGUCCUAAUAUGAUAAAUCUUCAUUACAAAGAAAUAUCCUAGCCAGAAUCUACCCGAUAUACUGAAGACUCUUAAUAUUACCAAAAAAAAAAAAUCUUCACAAAGCUAAUGCACUGUGGGAUUUUUUCCUACGUUAUUCCAGUUAAAUUUCCUUGCAUGUAUCUUAAACUGAGACAGCACAUACAUGUUGAUUUCUAUCCUCAUGGAAUGUUUUUGUCCUAAACUGCCUAUAUUUGAAAAAUAUGAAGAGGAAAAAAAGAAAGAAGAAAAAGAAGAAUGGGAGGGGUGGAAGUCAUUCUUCGACCAAAUCCAUCUAAAUCCCUUAAGUAUACAUAGGAUUUGGCCAUUAUAGUAGUAGUAUGGGUUAUAAAGCUAUUACAUAGAAUUGCUUUGCAUAUUGGGUGAUGAGGGGGAAGGCCUAAAUGAUUCUUAGGGCUGUGCAAAUCUUCCAAGGGUGCUUUGCUUCAAGAAGAUUCAAGUGAAGGCAUUCUCUGGAAGCUGCUUUGGGAAGCAGCCAGGGCCCCUUGCUUCUAAACCAAAGUAUAGGAUUCAUGCAGAAUCCCACAGCUGUGCCAAAGUUUUGGAGCACUUCAGCCAUCACAGGAGGAAGAAGGUUGAGAGGAACCUUAUAAUACUGCUGCCACCAUGGCAUGAAUCUCUUCAUCAGGGGAAAGCUGCUUCACAGAGACCUAUUGUUUAUCUGAAUGUUCUGAGGGCUACAGAUAAAUGGCAAUACCGUGACACCUCCAUAUAUAUUGAACACGCUGGAUGGCAGGAAACCUUGGUGAAAGUUUCUGCUCCCUUUCACCUACAAGCAGUCACAUCCUUAAAAGAUAGGAGCUUCUGUUAAGCAGUUCAGUGUAUAUCUGCUUUGUUCACUUUUACAACCGGCAUUCCUUCUCAACCAAGCACUUCAGUUUCACUAACCCAUUUUCUUGCACCCUUGUCAUAGUCCUAGAAAUGUGACUAGGCAAAUAGACAAAACUGGGCAAGAAAGUUGCUUUUCAGUGGAUUUUGAAUUAGAGAAAGAAGAACAAAGGAAGGAAAACAAAUGAGGAAACCACCCACUGAACCUAUCAUUAUUAUGUUGGUCAAAAAAGAGACAUCUUUGCUAAUUGUCAUUAUUAAUAUCUCAGUUAAGUGUGGGGUUUCAUAUACUGCUUUUCAUAAGUGUUCUUUCUAGGAUCCAAUAACAUAAAUUAUUUAGGACAGGUAGGCAACCAUUUGGCAGCUGUGAUUUACACUUAAUUUGGGGGGGGGGGUAGGAAGAAGGUGUGGUGGCCAUGUCAAGUAAUGAUGGAUUUGGGGUACUUUCAGGGUUUUGUUGUUUAACUGUGAUGUGCUUAUUUUGAGGUUUCCAUUACAGUUUUCAUCUGUUUCCCAUCUCAAAAUGGUGGAGACCUAAUGGUUUUCAGCAAACAUGGUUGGAGAGCCUCAUAGGGCAAAAUGGGGACCUGGGGAUUGUGUCUGGCUUUGGAGCUACAAGCUGCCCACCUUAGCUUAUUUCUCUUUGAUCCCAAAGUAGACGGUUCCCAAGAAAAGUAGGGACACAGAGUCUAGGAAAGACAUGGCAAGCUUCAAAUAUUUAGACAUUCACAGAGAUAUGCAUUCUCUGACCAGAUGGCCAACAUGACAGUAGACUUUGUUCCAAAGUUUUGCUUAUUUGUUUUUCAUUCAGAUCUCAUUGAGAAAUAGUACUUGUCAUUCUGUUUGGGUUAAAAAUCAUGUGGACCCUUAUAUAACAUUUUUGACUAAAACAACCUCUGACUCAGAAGUUGUUUUAGAACCAUUUACUUCAUUUCUCACUGUGCCUCUUCAUAAUUUCUCAUGAGUCAGAAUGAUACAUGACCAUAAACUCACCAGCAGUUCAUAUUCAUGUCCAAAAAUGUUGAAAAUAAUUAAACUAUGAGGGUUUGCCAAGAUUAGCCCAUGCCAUCGUUGUUAUAUUCCCACUAAAUCAGUUGCAUGCAAUCCAUAUUUACAGGAGUUAUCUCAGUAUAUCUUCAUGUAGGAGUAUUAUAAUUUUCCAAAGCAAGACUUUUUAAAAAGAAUUCAUAGUAUUUAAUCAUGAGAAAGAAUUAAGCCCCAGUUCUUACUGACAUAUUAUUCUCUAGUUUGGCUGCAUCAUGUAAACUACAAGAAAAGGUUUGAUUGAAUUCACAAACAUAAAAAUUCCACAGCACAGACUUUAUUCAGAUUACAUUUUCUGUAGAAUCACUUAAACCACAGACUGGUCCUUCAAAUGCCACAACAAACUCUGCUUUGACAAAACAGGAAUGUUUUCUUAAUGUGAAAAUGGAUGGAGAAAAUAUGCACACUAACAUUUGGCUUACAUGCAGCUGGUUUUUGAUCCUCCAAGGCAGAGUUUGUGUCAUCUUCUAAAUGCAGCCAUAGAAAACUGGCAUAGUAGAAAAGAUUUUCACAAAGUUCUUAAACAUGUCAGUUCUCUAUGCAGAGGGGAUACAGAAGAGCACUCAAACAUAAUCCUACUUGUAUCAUUCCAACUCAGGUACAAAUGGACUAACCUGCACUUAAAAACUAAGUCUAAGUUGCAUUGUAAUGAAACUGGAGGCAUAUAUAGCAGGUCAGGGGGGGAAAAAUAACAAUUGAUAUUUAUUGGGCAUAAUGGGGGAAGCAGAACAGUAAUAAACUGGAUGAUUUCUUCUGCAAGCACUCAACAUUUAUUCAGAUUUAUUGACUUAUGUAACUGGAGACAGUAUUUUCCAUAUUAUCCGUAUCUUACAAAAUGUCCAGUACAGCGCAUUAAAGGACUCCCAUUUUUGUCGGCCAGUCAUUCUACAAACUUUGAAAAUUUGGAGAGGGCAGGGUUCACUUUAGGACUUUGUUUAAAGAUUAUAGGGUUAUAGGUUUUCAUCCAGGAAUUCCCUCAUUGACAUUUUUGAUGAUUCAUGAUGUUAUGUGAGCCUUGGCAGAUCUGUGGAAGUGGAGACUGGAGAUAUCUUAAAUAAAUUUACUAGUGAGUAACUUUUUGAGCAUUCCUUCUUCAUCUACAUGCUUAAGAUCUCAUUGCACGUGUGCAAUACCUAGACUAUUAUAAAUUUACAGGGCUGUAUCAUUUUAGAAUGGGACCCACAUCCACAUAAUGGGGACUUCUUGUUGCAAAAAGACUAAGCUACAAUAUUUUACCUUAAUAUAGCACUAGUUUUGUAAGUAUAUAUUUAUUGUUUUAUUAAAUGGGAAUAUUAAUCUUGAAAUCCUCUACUAGUGCUUCAAAUGGCAGUCUUUUAUAUAAGUAGCUUUGCUCAUUGUGGUUUCCUCCACAAGUGUUGGGAAUAUAUUGCCCAUGAAUCUGAAUAAACAUGGUUGUUGACCAAGAUGGCUGGGAAUUCUGAUAAUCUUAACCCAGAACACAUCAAGAUGGGGAAAGCUGGUACAUUUCUGUGAAAUCCAAAUGAUGGAAUCGAAUAGAAUGGAAUCAGGCAUAUCUUUUUCUAGAGUAUGGUCCAGAGAUUCUACUGGGCUUCAAAAUAAAUUUUUGUUGCUAGCUUGUUGUGUCUAGAAUUCACACUUUCUCAAAAUUAAUUGCUGUUGUAUAAGUAAUCCCUCUUCACUUAACAGUAUUAUAGCCAUCCUUUUGGCUUAAGAAGUGUUAUAUAAUAAGACUUUUUUGCUGUUAAUUUUCUAGACUUAGUCUUAAGUAUACUAGAAAGUAAGGCCUGCCAAACUGAGUAGGAUACAUAUGUGAGGACCAAGAUCUCAAUAUUUAUAAUUCUCUCCCUAAGCAUUCAAAAGAAUGUAAUAAGUUAGUUCACUGAUUAUAGUGGGUAUUUGGAUGGAAAAUUGAGUGGGAUUAUACCCACCAUUCCCACCUCUUACUAUUGCCUAAGUCAACAUCCUUCUUGCAUACAGAUUCUAUGUGCCCAAAACCUGUAUAUUUAUUUGGGAAUCCUUAAAAAGGUGGGAUCUUUACCUGCAUAUACAGAAUCAGUGCACAAAUAUAUUACUCAAGUUCCUUUGGAUUGGAACCAAAAAGAAAGUCAAUUUCAGGGCAAUCAGAUUACUCUUUCACUCCAUCUUCGGCUUAAAUUACAAGACCACACUUUGAAACACAUUUUUUAUUUUCUUAUUCAUCUGUAGCAACUUGUGACCAGGCUAUUUGAAGAUGGUAUACUACUUACAAGCUAGCUCAGUCUUUAAGAGUUCCUGGUUUAACAGAAGGAUAGUUGAUGGAAAUGUGAGAAUCAGCCAUCUGGGUAGCUGAAUCCAUGUUCUGAAAUUCCUUAUUAAGGGAGGUCAAACUGUCUUUUUGAAGUCUUCCACUAGCAGGCAAAGAAUUUUUGUUCUCCAGAUAGGCCUUUGGUAAGUUGAUUUUAAACUGCUGAGUUGAGUGGCUGUAAUCUGUUUAAUUAAUGUGCUUUAAUUAUGUUUUAUUAUUUCUAUUAAAAAACAAUUGCUCACUUUAAUUUUACUUUACUUCCUUAUGUUAGCUGCCUUGAACACUGAUUUUGUUGGAAAGGCUGGAAACAAAUUGAAUAAAUAUAUAAUUUAUUUAUUAUUA